CUAUACUGCGAUGACACGUCAGGAAACGUGUCGAAAAAAUGGAAUAAGCACAAUUCGGUGCUGUUCACACUUGCUGGUCUGCCACGAGAUCAUGUCCAACUAUUGUAUAACAUACACUUCAUCGCGACAUCAAAUCUAGCGCCACCACUAGAGAUGAUGGAAGCAAUCGUGGAAACCCUUAAGGAAUUGCGUGCAGAGGGAUUCGAAGCAUGGGACUGUGUUGACAGGGAGUUCGUGUUGCUCCUGCCCUGGGUACUGGCAUUUCAGGGCGACAAUCCUAUGUCUAGCGAGUUUGCGUCACACAUCGGAAUGAUGGGCAAGUGUUUUUGCCGGGUGUGCCAUGUCCGAGGGAGUGACUCGCAGAACCGUGCGCCGGGUGAGGCCGGAGAUAUCGAACAGCUAGCUGAGUUCCUGAAGGCAGGCAGACCUCGGACGAAGAUGGAAACAAAGGAAGCACUGGAGGCGCAGCUACAACGAACUCUUGAUGGCGCACCAAGUGCUGUUGACAACAUGGCGACAGAGUCGGGGGCCAAGGACAAAUACUUUAUGUACUUCCUUGAUAAAUUGGCGGCGGAAUGUGCCCGGCUCAAAGCAUCCAUCAAGCCUGCUGAUCUUGCCCCUGGAACGACCAAAUCCCAGAAGGUUAGAGAGGGACUUCAAGUGUUUCGAGCGCAACUACCCACAAACCUGUUUAACCCUUGUCUGGAUAUCCCAGAUUUUGAUGCAAAUCAGGACUCACCGGUGGAAAUCUUGCACGUUGUCCUCCUUGGAGUAGUCAAGUACUGGUGGCGCGACGCUGUUUCACGUCAGAAUUCCAAAGGCAAGGAGGAACUCAAAACCCGCCUUUCGAGCAUAGAUACUGCAGGCCUCGGGACGUCUCGCCUUAGGGGACACACGCUAGUGCAGUAUGCUGGCUCCCUCGUAGGCCGGGACUUCCGACUGAUCCUUCAAGUUGGACCAUCCGUCUUGCAUGGAUUGAUCCUAGAGACCCACUAUAAGGGCUGGUUAGCAUUAUGCCGGCUGGCUCCGCUCUUAUUCCAACCGAGCAUCGAACACAUGGAUAUCUAU